AUGUCCGAGAGGACGCACGUCAAACGACUCAUUGUGUGUAUAGAUGGCCAGGAAUUAAGUGCGGAUGGGACACAAGCUAGCUCCAAUCCGAGCAACGUCUUCAGGCUGAAAAGCAUCAUACCAAAUGCCUUGUGCUACGACGCUCAAGGCCGUGCAGUUGAACAGAUUGUGCGGUAUUAUCGCGCCGUCGAGGAUGGCCCGAAAUUACUGGACCGACUGAAAAGUCGCAAUUCGGCCCCCUACUACGAGCAACAAAUCAAGGACAUUGUCAAAGAGGUAUGCGAAACUCUCGAAGAAACCAGAGACGAGCUAUUUUUGUACGGUUUCGGCCAUGGCGCCUUCAUCGUGCGUGCCGUGGCAGGACUCCUCGACGUAUUGCAUCUGCCGAAACGGACGUCCAUGAAACAUUUCGAUAGACUCUACCAGAGCAGUCUAGACGUGUUCAAAGCCAAAGCCGAGGAUGACAGCUCCAAUGGCCCUAAGAUUGUCGAGUUCCUGAGAUCACAUUCUACACUUCCGGUCCAGAUUCACUUUGUCGGAGUUUUCGACACGAUCAGGUACAGCUCUGAAGGUAACAUGCACGACGUUUCCCUGGUCCCUUCGAUACGACACAUGCGCCAUGCUUUGGCAAUGAAUGAGACGCGAUCUCAGCUGAACCCCGAAGUCCUCAACAGUCCGAGCAGCGUUUCGGAAUUACAAGACAGAAGCUAUGUCCAGGCAUGGUUUAUGGGGUCGAACCAGGAUCUUGGAGGAGGUGCCGCCCACGACGGCUUGUCGCUGUACCCACUGCAGUGGAUGAUCAUCGAAAGUAUACGAGCCGGCCUGGUGAUACAGCCCGAGGAAGAAGACAAAAGGGAUAAAAAUGGUCCGUUGACACUGGCGUUUCCUCAAUAUACUGGGGACCUGCCGAAACUCGGAAGCGGCGAGAAGAUUGAGUGGAUUGUCAAGCAGACCAACGGCAUAGAAACCAGCCUUUUUGACCUUCAGAUGAGUAUCGGUGGUCCCGCAGAUGACCAGCAAGGCCACAGCAUCCGUAUCAACACGGCGAAUACACUCUACAACAGCCAGCGCAAGAUUUUUGGCAAAGGUGGAUUAAUAGAUUAUAACCCCAACGAACCUUACGGGACCAUCAUACACCCUUCAGUGUUUUGCAUACUGGAUAGAUAUCCGAGAUUCAAUGAACAGUCACAAUUCAAGGCUCUCAAAAAGGACAUUUCCGAUUACCGAGAUCGAAGUACAGAAGACUCGAACAACCUUCCACCGUGGUUGGAAGGGAUGCAAUUACAAGCAAGUGGAGUCAAGGCAUUCAGGAUCCUAGUGUGUGGAAAGACGGGCGUUGGCAAAUCUACCUUGAUCAACAAAGUCUUUGGCGUGGAAAUGACUGAAGAAUCCGAAAGCUAUAAACAAGGCAACCACGACAUCAAUCAAGCAUUCGAGUCCCCCAACCAUCCGGGCCUUUUGAUCCACGAUUCACGCGGUUGGCAAGCAGGAAGUGACCACGAACUUGACCUCAUUGCCAAAUUUCUGCGUCAUCGAGCCUUUCAACGCGAUCCAGCACAAGCAUUGCACGUAAUAUGGUUCUGUGUAGACUCGGACGUCAGCCGUAUCGAAGAAGCGGACAAGCGCACGUUUGACACCAUCGCUCAGUUCUCACACAAUGUGCCCGUCUUCGUCAUCGGCACGAAAAAGGAUAAACUGGUGGCAUUCCACAAGAUCAAACUUCUCGAAAGCUACAUGGAGAAGACGAAUGACUAUCUCGAGUCCAAGCGUCUGGCCGAGGAAGAAGCCGAUAAGUUGGCCGAGGAGCAGUUUAUGUCCCUCCGUGACGAACUCUCACGCAUCAAACACUACAAGGCCGACGGGUACUGCUGUCUAUCCAAAGAUGAUACCCCGGGCGUCCGCAAACUCUUGAACUCCACCCUCGAGCUAAUCGCCGAUGAUAGGGUUCGUCUCUUUGCCGUGGCGGCGCAGGUCGUGGAUGUCGAGCAAAAGAUUGACUCAGCCAUUACAGAAUGCAUGCGCCUGGGCACACACGCCAUCCGCACGGCUCUUGUUCCACUCCCGUUCACGUCGGCGAUAGGCACGCCCACCGUGGCGCGCAUCCUUUGCGAGCAUGUCCUGCAGUGUUUCGGCUUCCCCAAAGCCAUGCCCGAGGCCGUCGAGGAAAUCAUGAACCGCGUCGUGCUGGGCCACUUGAAGGCUUUUAUGGCAGUGACCGUGGCCGAGUUUUUGACCGUCGGUCUCGCCACGGCAGGUCUCGUUGUUGGGACCAUGGGCGCGGGCGCCGUCCUUGGAUUGGCAGGCUGUAUCCUCUCGGCACCGCCGACGGCGAGGAUGCUGUUCAAGUGCGCAUGCGACAUGAUCCUCAUCCUCGAGCGGUCAUUUCGAUAUCGUGGGAAAUACGUGUCGGUCAAACAGAUCGAGGACGCUGCCGUGUAUUACACCACGGCCACAACCAAGACGUUCGCUGGCAAAGAGGUGUUGUUGCAGAAACACGUCCACGAUUCUAUUGACAAGUUGAUUCCGUUGCACAAGAUCGGAGCAGGUAUCCGGUUUGGGAAACUCCGUCCCGGGCUCGAGGAGAUCAUCUACAACAACCGAUUCGAGAAGAAAGAGACGGACAGGCAGGGGAGUGCUGUGUCUGCCUCCCUUCCGACGGAGAUAGCAGGCCACGAGAUCCUGGAGCUCGAGGCAGGCCCGACACCAGCGGCGACCGAGUUGCCCGCCCACGAAAAAGGAGCACCGCCGCAGAUUGUCGAACUCCCCGCAGAAGUGCCGGUGGACGAGAGCCAGAGGAGUUUCUCGCCCGUCAGCCCGGAGAGCGACGUGAGCAGACUCCGCUCGAGCACCGCCACGAGCACGAGCACACACCUGACGGGUCUGUCGCCGGUGAGUCCCGAGAGUGAGGUUGCCAGGACAAGGUCAAAUGCGCCUACCGCCAGCAGCGCCAGUGCGACCAUGACGACGAUAGAUGAGUUGUUGAGCAACGACGAGAAGACGAACAUGUCCCAGUCGACGACGAGCGAGGCUUCACGAGGUCAAGAGGCGACGGGAAGUGCGAGCCCGUCGUUGCCAUCGCCUUCCAGCCCGACAUCCACGGUCACGAUAGAUAGAACAAAGAGCGAGAGUCUAUUUUCGAGAGGGACCAAGAAGUUGUCGAAGUUUGGGCUAAAGAAGUCCAAGACAAAUACUUAGAGACACUAUAAA